CACUCCGCAAGGGGACCCGCCAGGGCCUCCUGGAACCCCUGAGCCCUCCAACCCCGUGGAACCUCCUUCAGGCCCGGGACCCGGCGUCUGGGCCGUUUCGUUGCCGCCAGUGGGCAGAGUCCGGCUCUCCGGUGACUCGCUCUGGCGCUCGGUUACCCCGGCGGUCUGCCCGCCUCGCCCACCUCUCCUUGGGACCCCCGAGGCGGCGCAGCCCUCCUGGUCGGCGCCCAGAUCUGCAAGGCCGCCUGCCUUCCCAGCUUCCGGUUGGCCUCGCCGGGAGCAGCGGCUCGGGGCGCUGCCGGCGCCUGUCUCCUCCUCCCUGCCACCCCGGGUCGCCCCUGCCCCGGGCUGGACUGUGAGGAAACGCCCUUCUCUUCCCGGGCCCCGGCGAGCCCGAGGGUAUCAGCGGCUGGGGGAGCGCCACGGCAGCACGCGCCCCUCCCUCGGGUUUCCGCCGGCGCUUCCUCCUGUCGCUGCUGGCGCAGCCUCUUCCCUUAUCUCGGUGAUGCUGCCGCGGCUGAGUAGGGCCUGGGGAAGCCUGAGCAGGUGGAGCCCCACUAGAAUUGCUGAGCCAGUUGCCAGGAGACACUUCGGACCCCCGGAAGGGCAGGAGGACUGAUGAGAGGCCUGGAUCAGCAACAUUCGAGCAGGAACUGCCCCUUCAUGCAGGAACCACAUUAAAUCAAGCUGUAGCUUGAUCGCCUUCAACUCCGACUGUCCAGGUGUACUGGGCAUUGUGCCUCUGCAAGGCCAAGGAGAGGACAAGCGAUGCGUGGCCCACCUGGGCUGCCAUUCAGACCUGGUCACCGAUUUGGACUUCUCGCCCUUUGAUGACUUCCUCCUGGCCACGGGCUCUGCCGACAGGACGGUAAAACUUUGGCGACUGCCAGGGCCCAGCCAGGCCAUGCCCUCAGCCCCUGGGGUGGUGCUGGGCCCCGAGGAGCUCCCAGUGGAGGUGCUGCAGUUCCACCCCACCUCGGACGGUGUUCUGGUGAGCGCAUCAGGAACCACUGUGAAGGUCUGGGACGUGGCCAAGCAGCAGCCCCUGACAGAGCUGGCAGCCCAUGGGGACCUGGUGCAGAGCGCCAUCUGGAGCCGGGACGGAGCCCUCGUGGGUACGGCGUGCAAGGACAAGCAGCUGCGGAUCUUUGACCCCAGAGCAAAGCCGCAGGCCUCUCAGAGCACGGAGGCCCAUGAGAACGGCAGGGACAGCCGGCUGGCAUGGAUGGGUACCCAGGAGCACCUCGUGUCCACUGGAUUCAACCAGAUGCGUGAGCACGAAGUGAAGCUGUGGGACACGCGGCUCUUCUCCAGCGCCCUGGCUUCCCUCACCUUGGACACCUCGCCCGGGUGUCUCUUGCCCCUGCUGGACCCUGACUCUGGGCUACUGGUCCUGGCAGGAAAGGGCGAGAAGCAGCUGUACUGUUACGAGGUGGUCCUGCAGCAGCCGGUGCUGAGCCCAGUGACCCAGUGUGUCCUGGAGAGUGUGCUUCGGGGGGCCACCCUGGUGCCCCGGCAGGUGCUGGCCGUCAUGAGCUGCGAGGUACUCCGCGUCCUGCAGCUGAGCGACACAGCCAUCGUGCCAAUCAGCUACCAUGUGCCCCGCAAGGCUGUGGAGUUCCAUGAGGACCUGUUCCCGGACACCGCCAGCUGUGUACCUGCCUCUGACCCCCACAGCUGGUGGGCUGGGGACAACCGGCAGGUGCAGAAGGUCAGCCUCAACCCUGCCUGCCGGCCCCACCCCAGCUUCACUUCCAGUCUGGUGCCCCCUAUGGAGCCUGUCCCUGACACAACCCAGCCUGCAGUGACGAAGACACCCGUGGGCGAUACAGACCCAACCGAGGACUUCUCCUCCCCUCCCAGUUCGCUGACCUCGCCCUCCACGCCCUCCAGCCUGGGGCCUUCGCUCUCCAGCACCAGUGGCAUCGGGACCAGCCCCAGUCUGAGGUCGCUGCAGAGCCUGCUGGGCCCCAGUUCCAAGUUCCGCCAUGCUCAGGGCACCGUCCUGCACCGAGACAGCCACAUCACCAACCUCAAGGGGCUUAACCUCACCAUACCUGGUGAAUGUGAUGGCUUCUGUGCCAACAAACUGCGUGUGGCCGUGCCCCUGCUCAGCAGCGGGGGACAGGUGGCUGUGCUUGAGCUACGGAAGCCUGGCCGCCUGCCCGACACUGCACUGCCCACACUGCAGAAUGGGGCAGCUGUGACUGAUCUGGCUUGGGACCCCUUUGACCCCCAUCGCCUCGCUGUGGGUGGUGAGGACGCCAGGAUCCGACUUUGGCGGGUGCCCCCAGAGGGCCUGAAAGAGGUGCUCACCACACCCGAGGUUGUGCUCACAGGUCACAUGGAGAAGAUCUGCUCCCUGCGCUUCCACCCACUGGCAGCAGAUGUGCUGGCCUCGUCCUCCUAUGACCUCACUGUUCGCAUCUGGGACCUUCAGGCUGGAGUUGAGCGGCUGAAGCUGCAGGGCCACCGAGACCAGAUCUUCAGCCUGGCCUGGAGUCCUGAUGGGCAGCAGUUGGCCACUGUCUGCAGGGAUGGGCGCGUGCGGGUUUACAGGCCGCUGAGAAGCCCUGAGCCCCUGCAGGAAGGCCCAGGGCCCGAGGGAGGACGCGGAGCCCGUGUUGUCUGGGUGUGUGAUGGUCGUUGUCUGCUGGUGUCUGGCUUUGACAGCCGAAGUGAGCGCCAGAUGCUCCUAUAUGAAGCUGAAAGCCUGGCUGGUGGCCCCUUGGCAGUGCUGGGCCUGGAUGUGGCUCCCUCAACCCUGCUGCCUAGCUAUGACUCAGACACGGGCCUGGUGCUUCUGACUGGCAAGGGCGACACCCGCGUGUUCCUGUAUGAGCUGCUCCCCGAGUCCCCUUUCUUCCUGGAGUGCAACAGCUUCACGUCAGCUGAUCCCCACAAGGGCUUCGCCCUCCUGCCGAAGACAGAGUGUGAUGUGCGGGAGGUGGAGUUCAUGCGGUGCCUGCGGCUGCGUCAGUCCUCCCUGGAGCCUGUGGCCUUCCGGCUGCCCCGAGUCCGGAAAGAGUUCUUCCAGGAUGACGUGUUCCCAGACACGGCUGUGAGCUGGGAGCCCGUGCUCAGUGCCAAGGCCUGGCUGCAGGGUGCUACUGGGCAACCCCGGCUUCUCAGCCUGCAGCCUCCUGACAUGAGCCCAGUGAGCCAAGCUCCCCGAGAGACCCCUGCCCGUCGGGCCCCCUCCUCAGCGCAGUACCUGGAAGAGAAGUCAGAUCAACAAAAGAAGGAGGAGCUGCUGAAUGCCAUGGUGGCAAAGCUGGGGAACAGGGACGACCCGCUCCCCCAGGACUCCUUUGAAGGUGUGGACGAAGAUGAGUGGGACUAGCCUGCGCCCCCGUCACCUCCACCUAACCUGUGCUGCGGCCUCCUAGUGUACACCUCACAGCUCAUCCUCAGGCUGGAAGAUGCCUCUCUCGCACCGACACUUCUCACCCCUGCAGCCCUGGCUUCCCGUGGGCACUUCCACAGCUUCUGGGUCUUGGCAGCUCCCAGGGACUGUUCUCACCUCUGCUGUCUCUGGGGUCAGCUGCUGCUCAUCAGUUGCCCACUAGCAUGUAGCCAGGGGUGCAGAGUGGCGGGGGGUCAGUAGCAUGUCCCUGGGCAGGCGCUGGGUACCCCGUCUCCCCUGGUCUUUCUGUUGCUCUGGGCUGGUCCCAUCCUGGGCUGGCCUCAUCCAGCACCUUUGCUCACCCCACGCUGCCCCAUCUUGCCUGCUGCCCCAGUUCUGGUCCAGGGCCUUGGGGGCUGGCCUCCCACCAGGCCUUCUGGAGCAGCACCAGUCUCAGGGCCCUGGGACCAGCUGCCCCGCUUCUCAGGUUUGUAGCCAGGAGAAGGAGUCAUCGCAGAGCUGAUGGUCCAACAAGGGGUUGUGAGCCCCACAAAGACCGGCCCGCACCUGCUCUGGAUGUUCUCAGCAAUUAAACUUUUUUAAGCUGGCCA